GGCUAUUCAUUUUUAGGUAACUGUUUAUACAUUGAAAUGGGAUACAUUGCUAUUAUAUUUCGCGGUUAUUGUCCAAUGCGUCAUUUUUGAACACAAUGAAAUGAGCAGCAAACAGUAAACAAAGAUUGAUGAGAAUCAGUCACACGCUACUCUGAUCUACGAAACAUGCCUAACUGUUUGGCCACAGAAACCGGCUCGCGGCUCAGUACAGUCGCUUGGCCUCCGAUGGACAUAAACCAGUUUCUUCAAAGAAGUGUUAAGCAGUGGUUUUUUUCUUCGAGUUAUAUCGCUAAUCACUAGGAAAAUAGAUUUUCUAUUUAUUUACUUUGAAAAUUUUUACAACACACGAUCGUUCGUAUGGAAGUGACGAAGACCAAGGUAUUGGAGAACGAAUUUUUCGAUAGUUCGACCGGUUGACCGUGAGUAAAAAAAUUAUUUAACGCGAAUCCAUUCAUUUCACUCAUGUAAAACGUUGUGAUAAAAACACGAAUGCAUAAUUAUAGAAGUUGUUCUAAUAAAACUAGAUAAGUUGAAUUCUUAUCGUGAGUAUUAAUGUUAUUCUCCGGACAAAAAUACGUACUCGCAUAUCAGUCAAUUCCUAUACGAGCAUAAUUGUCGGUGGUUUAAUUCGUGUUCAUUUGCGAAUAUGCGAAAAUGUUGCGACGCGAGUCCAAAACUAACGAUAACAUCGAAUUCUACGAAACGCGAAUCAAUAACGUCAGACAGUCGAUCAAACAACGUUUACGUAGUUUACGUAAAAGAUCGAAAAAUGAAUCUCCCCUCGAGUACUUCCCGAUGGAUUUCAUCAACGAGGAAAAAUCUGACAGCUGUAGUAUGUCGACAGAAGUGAUGAGAAACGACAUCAAGCAAAAAUUACUAGACGCAGUUCGUUACCUAGGAGUACACGAUGCCUUUCAAACCAUGGAAUCUGGUGACCUGAACAUAGAUACGUACAAAAAUGCCUCCAGAACGGUGAAAAAUCUCGCCUUCCUGUGGGCUGCUUUUAUAGGAAGGCUCGAUUGCAUGCAGACUUUGCACGAACUAGGUGCUGACGUGGGGUUUUCCUACGAGACUGAUAAUUUUAACGCUCUACAUUUGGCAGCUUUUUUUGGUUCGGGAACGUGCUGCGAAUGGUUGUUAUCGAAAAGAUGCCAGUCUCAAGAAACCAGUACAGGUCUUCUACCGGUACAUUUCGCAGCGUUGGGUAAUUCCCGGUGCUGUAUAGAAAUUUUAAUGCAAUACGGUAGCAAACUUCCGGAUACUGUUUUGAAUUCUGCAGUGAAUGGUAAUUCGGUCGAAUGUGUUGAAUUGCUACUAUCGUUAAAUGUAGACGUAAAUUCAUUUGACAAAGAGGGCAUGACUCCUCUGCACAUAGCCGCCGAUCAAGGCAGUAUUUAUUGUUUAAAAUGUUUAUUAAGUUACCCAUUAUGUGAUAAAGAUUUGAAAACGAACGACGAAAGGAGGUAUACGGCGGUACAUUUAGCAGCCGAAAACGGAUACGAUCAGUGCAUUCAAAGUUUAGCUGAAACGGGCGCUGAUUUAAACGAAGUAAACGCUAAAAAAGAAACACCUUUGCAUCUGGCGUGUAAAAUGCAGUAUCCUGAUUGUGUAGAUGUUCUUUUGAAAAACCAUGCCAAUGUUAAUGCUCAAAAUAACGACGAAAGGACACCGUUGCACUGUGCUGUAGCCAAAUCCAGACUAGCUUUACUCAUUGUUCAGAAAUUAGUCGAAUGGCAUGCGGAUGUAAACGCAUCAGACUGGUAUGGAUUCACUCCUUUGCACAUAGCAGCUCUAAAUGAACUAGACGAAUGUGUCGAGUACCUGAUCAUGAGUGGCUCCAACGUGGCAGCUAAAACAAAAGCCGGAUUAAGCGCAUUAAAUGUUAUCAAUCGUAAAACUCCGGUCAGCGUGAGCAAAAUACCAAGAAGAUUGAAUUUAUCACUAGCAUACAACGCCGAACAAAGUUUAAAAUUUAGUUUUAGAGAUAUAAUUACCAAUUCGCAAAUAGGCGAAGUAGAUUUUUUGUACACUUUACAAAAAGAAGGACAAUCUUGCGUAUUAAAACAUCCAUUAUGCCGGGCCUUUUUACACCUUAAAUGGGAAAAAGUACGACCUUAUUAUUUGCUAAGAGUAGGAAUCUCAACGGUGGCUAUAGUUGUACUAAGUUUUUACAUCAUGCUCGCAUCUAUAAACAGAUGCUGCGACGAAAAAGAACCUAACAGUAACUGCACUGAGCUUAAUGCUGAUGCAUUAAAAAACAGAUCAGACGAAUUUAUAUUUUUAACAGAACUUCACAACCAGCCGUUCGUUAUUAAUACAAUGAAAGUGAUAAUUUUACUUUUAGUUUUUUUAAAUAUAACGAAAAUAUUUUUCAGUUUGGCUGCUUAUAAAUCAGCAAGGCAUUAUUUUUCCAAACAAUAUAAUAUUUUAGAAUUAAGUUUAAUAGCUGGAAUUUUCAUGUUAUGUCUAACUACUGACACGCAGUUCCGUAGAUGGUGGCAAUGUAUUAUGGGAGCAAUGACGGUGCUUUUUUGUUGGGUGUAUUUAAUGAUAAUGGUCGGUCAAAUGCCAUCUUACGGAGCUUAUGUUUCCAUGUUUACCAAAGUACUACAAGAAUUUUCCAAGCUUUUAGUCGCAUAUUUCUGUGUACUGAUAGGGUUUACUAUAACUUUAUGCGUGCUUUUUCCUGACCACGAAGUACUUCGAAAUCCACUCCUAGGGUUCGUGAAAGUUAUGGCAAUGAUGACAGGUGAACUGAAUUUAGAUGAUCUGGUAGGGACAAUCAAAGCCGCGCAUAUAAAAUUCACCGUAUUUUUCAUAUUAGCGUUAUUCAUAAUUUUUGUAACUGUUGUUUUAAUGAAUUUAUUAGUAGGUAUAGCUGUACACGAUGUUGAAGGGUUACACAAGACUGCAGAUUUAACUAAACUGGUCCAUCAGACACAACUGAUUCAUUUCCUAGAGUUGGCUUGUUUUAAUGGAUUUUUUCCUAAAAAAAUAUCUGAUAUUUUUCAGAAUUUUCUUUACGUAUCUCCUAGAAUGUAUAGAGUAGUUAUUUAUGUUAGACCAUUGAAUCCGCAAGAGAAAAGAUUACCGAGAGAAAUAAUGGAAGAUGGAUUAAAAAUAGCUUUGGAUCGUAGUAAAGCAAGAAGUAUGAAAAAUAACUCCAAGCAGGAUAUGGAAAGCAGAAUAGAUAGUUUGGAAAAACAAAUUAAAAAUUUGCAAACUCUCAUGAAUGAAAUAGGUAAUAAUGUAAAGAAUUUGGUAAAAUAAAAUUUGUAUUAAAAAAUGUUGAAAGUUUUUUAAAUCACCAAACACUUACGA